AAAAAGUGGGAAGCCAUGAAGGAGUGAGUGUAUGUGUCGUCUGUCUGUGUGUCUCUCUCUCUCUGCUGGACGGAUGAAUGUCCACCUCAUGUAAGUAAUCUGUUCGUGUCAGUCAGGUGUGGGAGCUACUGACGCCUGUCUGCCUCUUUGCCAGAAGGGCGGAUGCAGGCCUGCAGGGCGGCCUCCUACUGACACCUGUUCUCUCCCACCCCGCUCUCUCACACACACACACACACUUUUGCCCCCUCAAGCAUGUCUGCCUAUAUUAUAAAUGAGUAAAUAUCUGCUGGCUGGCUGGCUGGCCCGUUGACCCAUCCGCCUGGCCCACACAUGAAUGAAUGCAGCAAGGAAGGAACAUGGAGCACGCAAAUGAAGCACUGUAUGAGACAGACGACGAGACGAAUAAAAAAGGGGAAGGAAAAGGGAGAGAGAUCGUUCGUUGACUGCUGGUGUGGUCUGGUGCUGCCAGGCCUGGACUCGCCCGUCAUGGCAACAGAUGCACGUGGUCGCGCGGCCUACAGCAAAUGGGUGGAAUGAACGAGGAGUGACUGACAACAAGCCCACGCACCUCCCUCUCCCUCUCACUGCAGAAAGCUCAUCAGCCGACGCCAGGCGCCAUUGCCUGGGUAGCGCCCGUUGUCCGGGUGGCGUCGUGGCACGGUGACUGCACACACACACACAUUCACCAUUCCAUCAACACACAACGAUGCGAUCGCUUCGUCUGUGACUGGCAUACAGGAGAGAUAGAGGGGUUCGCCCUUCACUUCCUUCUCUCCCUCCCCGUUGAUGGGCGUGGCCUUGAGAGUGUACAUGCCGUCCUUCUGGUGGGUCCCAAGCAGCGGGAUGGCGAAGGGCUCGAAGUAGUCGGGGACGUCUUUUCUGCAUUCGCCGAAGAUCUUGUUGCCGAACGCCGAGAAGGGCUCCUUGACCUCGAUGUCGGCAGGGUGGCGCAGCGAGUCAUAAACUAUCUGCUCGCCUGUCGCACAUACACACACACGUGCACAGAGAGAGGGAGGGAGAGAGACAGGGAGAGGGAAAUUCCCUCUCUAGAAAAGUGGAGACAGGCGUACCUUUCAUGUCAAACAGAAGGAAUUCGACCUUAAAGACGCAUAUCUCCGGUAUGACGAUGAAGGAGAACGACGUGCCGACCUCGGCAGGCACCGUGGUGGCGGAGUUGUUGCUGAGCAGCUCGGGCGGCUCCUUCCCGAGGUCUUCGAAAGCCGGCUUGAGGAGGCAGUUGUGUUUAUUGGGCUCGUCGACCAGCACCACCAGCUGGAAGGCACUUAGGACCGGCUUGACGCCUACCACGACGGAAGGCAGGGCACAGCACAGCAUAGCACAGGGGAUCAUGCAGAAUCGUUAUCCACGUGUGCGGGUGUGUGUGUGCGUGUGGUUGUGCAUCCUGUGUACCGUCACAGUCAGGCACGUCUGUCGGCUUGGGUGUGGCUGUCGGCUUGGGGGUCUCUGUCGGCUUGGGGGUCUCUGUCGGCUUGGGGGUCUCUGUCGGCUUGGGGGUGGCUGUCGGUUUGGUGUCUGUAGGUGGUUUGGUGGGGUCCUUUGGGACGAGCUUGUCGAGGUCGGUGAUGUCGUCGAGGAUGUCUUCUGUGAUGUUUUUGGCCACGUCAAUCACAUCUGCAUGCACAAAGGGCGGCCAGAAAGACAUCCAUGGGUGUGGGCCGGUCGGGGGUUGGUGGGGCUGACCUGUGGGGCCUUUGCCGUCGAGAUAGUCGUAGACCUUAUCGACGAUGUCCACCUGACACAGUGAUGGUGUACAUGUUCACACAAACAAGACAGACAGACAGACAGACAGCAGAUGGGCAUGCAGCAAGUUGUUUGGUGGGGCGGCUGGGUUGGCUGGUGGUUGCGUGCGUACGGUAGUGAUGUCCUUGUCGAGGUCGAUCAGGUCCUUGAUCAGAUCAUACACCUGCAGCACACAGACACACGCCAUCCGUGGCGACAUUCCUUUCUGUCUGUCUGUCUGUCUGCCUGAGUGCCCACCGUACCUCGUCUACGUCCAAGUGCACGAGGUCUUUGAGGUCUUCAAGGAUGCGGUCGAUCUUUGCGAGCACGUCGAGAUCAUCCACCGCGCCCUUGAUGUCCUCCACCAGGUCCGUCAUGUCAGCCACGAUCUACACACAGAGAGGGAGAGGAGAAGGGAGAGGGAGGGAGAAACCGAAUGCACUCCUCGCCCACACUCCGAGGUCUCUCGCACCUUGUCAAGGACAGCAAUACCCCCACCGCCAUUCCCGUCGUCUUUGUCGUCAGGCAGGUCGAUGGUGUCCGUCACAUUCUUGCCCCCGUCCUUGUAAUCCAGAGGAUCCUCGUCGAUUGGCAGCUUGGGCAACACAAUGAUGUUCCCCGGCAGCUCGAGAUUGUCCACAGUCACGGGCUUCUUCUGAUCGGCAGGUCGGGUGCCCUCCCGACACGUUCCCAUGGGGAACUCGGGCAGCAGCGGCUUGCAGUAGUAGCCACUGUCGCACUGCUCGUCAUCGAGGCAGAGGCUCGCUAUGUACCCGAAGACGUCUGACGUAGUCUUAGCAUGGUCGACCACGACGUCCAUAAGGUCCCUGGGCAGCUUGUGAAGGAACGAGGCCAUGUGGCCCAAGGCCUCGUGCGCCCAUCCAUCCUCUGGCUGCAGCCGGUGUCCCUCCGACUCGCACAGGCCGAACUGCUCGCCCUGCGCCUCCAGGUAGAACUUGCACGAUGCCUGAGGGUCAGCGCAGUUGCUGCACCACCACACACACACGCGUACACAUCAUCCCGGCAUUCUCAGCUCAUCUCAGGGCCGGCCUCAGCUUACUUGUCGACAAAGCAGAGUUCUGUCGGCCCGGCCCCUGCAAGCGCCAGGGCGCUGGCAAACACGGUCAACACACGCAGCAUCGAAACACUGAUGGGGGACAAGAAAAAAGGGGGAAGGGUUUUGAAA